CGCUGAAGUUGGCCUAUCUUGGAUAUCUCUUCUCUCCUCCCCUUCCCCCAUCACCCCUCCUAAUUCGUCAACUGCUGAAACAUCUGCCUGGUUGAAACCGCCUCCUCGCCGAGCGCUGGGGACUGUCCCCAGGUGUAGGUCUUUGUGUCGCCAAAACUUUGCGAGAAAGCGAGGGCGCUGGACAAAGAGCGAGCGCGGGAGGGCGUUUGCCAGCCGGCUGGGGACGCCGGGCGGUGCGCACUCUUGCCGGGGCUCUGCUCGGUACCCGGACGCCCGCGGUGCCCCGAGCCCAGCCGCCCUAGGCGGAGAGUGGCGGGUUCUGGCCACAUCCCAGCGCCCUCGGGGACUGAAAGAAGCCAGGCGGGAGGAGCAAAAGCGGAUGGCUGGACCUAGGAGUUGACUAGGGUGGGAGGAGGCGAGCAGAGGCGCGGAGCAAAGCUGUCAAACUGCACUCGGAGCCCCGCGCGGGGCGGAGGAGGGAGGGGAAGGGAAGGGGAGGGGAAGAGGAGGGAGGGGAGAGGAGGGGCGGGCGAGAGCGAAGAGAGAGCGAGCGGGCUCGCCGCGCCUGAGCAACCCCUGUCUGCCGCUGUCGCCGCCGCCGCCGCUGGCCCGCACUCGCCCGGAGCGCAGGGUGUCUGCCCCGCUGCGCGCCGCGCGCGGAGGCUCCGGCGCCUUCCGCUGCGCCCUCCAGCCCCCGCUCCUCGCGCCGGCCCGCGCGGGUCCCGGCGGGCGCGAACCCACCAUGCAGCUGCAGUUCCGGAGCUGGAUGCUGGCUGCGCUCACGCUGCUCGUGGUCUUCCUCAUCUUCGCAGACAUCUCGGAGAUCGAAGAAGAAAUCGGGGAUUCUGGAGGCAGAGGUACAAUCAGAUCAGCUGUGAACAGCUUACAUAGCAAAUCUAAUAGAGCUGAAGUUGUAAUAAAUGGCUCCUCAUCGCCAGCUGUUGUUGACAGAAGUAAUGAAAGCAUUAAACACAACAUCCAGCCAGCCUCGGCCAAAUGGAGGCACAACCAGACGCUCUCUCUGAGGAUCAGGAAGCAAAUCUUGAAGUUUUUGGAUGCUGAAAAGGACAUCUCUGUCCUCAAGGGGACCCUGAAGCCCGGAGACAUCAUUCAUUACAUCUUUGACCGUGACAGCACGAUGAACGUGUCCCAGAACCUCUACGAUCUCCUCCCCAGAACCUCUCCCCUGAAGAACAAACACUUCCGGACUUGUGCCAUUGUGGGCAACUCGGGGGUCUUGCUGAACAGCGGCUGCGGGCAGGAGAUCGACACGCACAGCUUUGUCAUCAGGUGCAACCUGGCCCCGGUGCAGGAGUACGCGCGGGACGUGGGGCUCAAGACCGACCUGGUGACCAUGAACCCCUCCGUCAUCCAACGGGCCUUUGAGGACUUGGUCAACGCCACGUGGCGGGAAAAGCUACUCCAGCGGCUGCACAGUCUCAACGGCAGCAUCCUGUGGAUUCCCGCCUUCAUGGCCAGGGGCGGCAAGGAGCGCGUUGAGUGGGUCAACGAGCUCAUCCUGAAGCACCGCGUCAACGUGCGUACUGCGUACCCCUCUCUGCGCCUGCUGCACGCCGUCCGCGGGUACUGGCUAACCAACAAGGUCCACAUCAAGAGACCCACCACUGGUCUCUUGAUGUACACCCUGGCCACACGUUUCUGCAACCAGAUCUACCUCUAUGGCUUCUGGCCCUUUCCACUAGAUCAGAACCAGAACCCCGUCAAGUACCACUAUUACGAUAGCCUCAAGUAUGGCUACACCUCCCAGGCCAGCCCCCACACCAUGCCCUUGGAGUUCAAGGCCCUCAAGAGCCUGCAUGAGCAGGGGGCUUUGAAACUGACUGUUGGCCAGUGCGAUGGGGCCACGUAAGGUGGGCUCCCCGUGGGACUCAGUGGCUCACAUUUCCUGCCAGCUACACCACAGGCAGAUGGGAGUCGGGGUGGCGCAAAUUAUAGAACAAGCAGGCUAGUGGUUUUCUUUGUUAAAGUGUAAAACAGUGACCA